GCCAUCAUUAUCACAGCUUCAUAGCUUCAGGUCUUAUCGAGCAACCAAGAAACCAAGCAUGAAAAUGUUGAAAAUUGCGCAAAUUUCUCUUGUUGUCACCAUUGUGCUGCUAGAAGUGGUUUCUGGCCGCCCACAACCCUCACUGGGGGCCGCAUUGUCAGGGGGGAAGGCGAAGGAAGUUUCCGUUUUGAAAGACCACCGAGAACCAUUGGAUGCGAAAGGAAACUACAAGUACGACAUUGAAUUAUCCGACGGGACCAAGUUGGCUCAAGAAGGAAGAACUGACCCCCCAGGCCCAGGGGAAACUGAAGGGUCACUGGUCGUGAAGGGCAGCUACUCUUAUAACUCACCAGACGGAACACCUGUCCAUGUUUCGUACACUGCUGACAAAGACGGUUUCAGGCCAAUAAGUGAUUCGCAUGCCACAUAGAUGUGAAGCUGCAGACAUACUUAUUUACAUAUUUACUUAUUAUUAAUUUUGCACUACUUUGUAUUACUUUUGAAUUUUUCUACCAAGCGUUUCUUGUAAUUUAAUCAUAUUGCUUAAUUAAAACGUUACACUUACACAACUCUCCA